GAUAUGAUAAUUACUUUGACUCCAUGCUUAUCUUUAAGUGAUAACUCUUUUUGUUUGUUUGUUUGCAAUUUAGGGACGUCGGGACGAAGUGUGAAUGACAGUAUAAGUAUGACUACAGUCAUUAAAUAAAGCCAACCUAACUUAACCAUUUUCUAUACUAUGGCGACAGCAAGUACAACUCAGCUAUGUGAUUCAAAAUUUCAUUACUGGAUUAAAACUGGAAUGGCAAUAGUAUACACUAAGGAAGGAUUACAAGAAAUUGUUACUAAUGAAAUGUCACAGUUCCAACAAAAAGUGUACAACGACAUUUUUAGAAACAAAGGAAUGUCACAUAACACGUCGUGUAAUUCUUGCAAUACUGAAAGUAUAAUGAAAUGCACACCCAAAAACAAAAUAUGCGUUUGGAAGAGACGAAAGUGCAUUGUCAGCCAUAGACCAUGUCCUUUAGGCAUAUGUGAAGGCGUCAGAGAUGAAAUCAUCAAAGCUCAUAGGUUUUCGGGUCCCUCUUGGAGGAAUACUGACGCCCGACAGUGGGCAAAUUCACCAUGGGAGUUUGCGAAAUGCUUCAUGCCACCUGAAGGUUAUAGUUCUGUGUCCACUGCAGCUGAAACAGAUUUUAAUGGCAUCAUUAGUGUAUUUCUAAAUUACGAACAUUUUCAGAUCAAAGUCAACGAAAACCUUUGCAAUCCUGCCAACAUCUUCUCCAAUGCACGAGACGUUGGUAAGAACUACAGACACUGUCCUGGUUUUGAAAUAUCAAAGAAAGAAUUCGAGGAUAGUAUCACUAUAUUGACUGAUGUGCUCAGUGAUUCUAAGCAUAUAGCCGGUGACAGUAAUGCACAAAUCGCUUUGCAGAGACUAACACAGCUUGGUUCCGGAACAUGGACAAUUACAGACAAAGAUAUAUCCAAGCAUUUGCAAGAUGCUAUCAACGAGGCUAGAAAUGAUAUUGACAAAACAAAAUCUGAGCUGCUGGAAGAGGCUCAACGCUUUAUCAGUACUAGCAAGAAGGAAAAUGUAGCUACUACUUUAAGCAGUAUCCAAAAUAUUUUCUCAAGAUACAAGGAGAAGAUAAAGAAAACAGUUCAACAUGGAAUAAAACGGAUACGACGGGAAUCAGACACUGCCAGCAAAAAACUAAAAGCAGAAAUGUCGGAGGACUAUGAUUUUCAAACAAAAGAGCUUCGGCAGCGGCUGGUUCAGACGUAUAAAAGUAACUGUGUGACUCUUCCCAUUUCUCCGCUACUUGAAGAGGAAGAACUUCCAUUAUUGACGUUCUAUGUGAAGCCUUACAUGCGACGACUAGAACAUCAUAAGAUACAGAAAGAUGAAAUUUCUGUUGAUUUGUACAGGCACAUUUUUUAUAAAGGGGGACAACAAUGCAGAAAUAUUUAUAUAACUGGAGAUGCUGGCAUAGGAAAAACGGCGUUGUGUCAAAGAAUGGCCUUGCUGUGGUGCCUCGCAAAAGCUCAGUCUGCGUUAGACACAGAUGACGAAUCCGUUCAAGAAGACGCAUCUAUGAUGGAUCAGUUUGAUUUUCUGUUUUACAUAUCUCUGCGCGACACAACAUUUUGUCGUAUAGAUGAUAUCAUUAUGCAUCAACUGUUGGGCAUGCUAGAAAACAAGGAAGUUUUGUUGAAGAUUUUAAACAAAGAGAAAUGCUUGAUUAUUUUAGAUGGUCUCGAUGAGUGGACUCAUCCGACAGAAACAAAGCAGUGUCCGAGUAAUCUAAAGAUACCACACAGGCAAGAUUUAGAAAACUGUGUGUAUUUGACAACUAGUAGACCAUACAAACUUGAAUGUUUGAGGUUAGGGACACAUGAAAUCGACCAGCAAAUCGAAAUUUUAGCGAUGGAAGAAGGAGUUGGUUUUACAUUUGUUGAACUGUUAAUAGAGCAUUUGAAUGAUAAAUGUAAUGGCUCAAAAGAUCCAGUCACAUUCCUGGAAAAUGUUGCUGAAAACAAGUUGGACGAUCUUUUGAAUAUACCUCUGAUUACUACACAUCUCAUUUGUCUUUGGUUUGAUGGCAAGUUACGAAUGAUGUCUCUUUCAGAGGUAUAUGGAAACACUUUGGAAAUGAUGUUUCAGCGUGCAUUUGAGAGAAAAUCCAGAAGCAAAACAAUGGAAGCUCCAGUUAGGGCAGAACAGCAUGAAAUUAAAACGCCAAAAUGUUUAUCAAAUCUAAAACAUGUCCAAAGUCACAUUUCAGUAUUGUACAAAUUGUGUUACCUAGCUUUUGAAGCACUUUUCACAGACUUAGAAUCGAGUUUAGUUUUUUCAAACUCUGAUUUAGACGAAUACGGCUUGCCAGAAGAUGCAAUAAUUUAUUUGUGUUCUGUUGGAAUUCUAUCAAAAAACAAAGCCAUUGGAUACCUGACCGAGCGAAAACACACAUUGUCAUUUCCUCAUAAACUCUACCAAGAGUUUAUGGCCGCGUUAUAUAUUGCAAUGACCGACAAGAAAGACGACAUACGCAGUAAAAUAGCAAAAGCAUGCAAAACGUUAGCCGAGGUUAAAAAGUUCUCUGAUGUUUUCAUCUUUUUGGCGAGUCUGGCUCCGUACGCUGUAGAGGCGUUAUUUCAAGAAGUGAAUGCUGCUUUAUCAAAAGAUAAGGCUGUGUCUGAUUUCAGAGAGUUUUCUUGUUCAGCAAUGUUCAAUUUUAUUUCCCAGCGCCGUAAGCAAGUUGAGAAUAAGGUAAAAUCCGUGCAAGAUCUCGCUGUCAAAUGUUUUGAGGAAUGUAAGCGGUCAGGUGGAAAAGAUAUUGCCGUGAAGUUAGAGGAUGUUUUCAUUUACAAAAACAAUGCAACGCAAAUACAAAAUAUGCUAAGAUCAAGUAAGAGCGCUAUCAAAUCCAUCUUUACAACGGGCAGUUAUUUAGAUGAAGAAAUGUGUUCUAUUGCCGGGUUGGUUAGACUGGAAAUAAGAUUCAUUAAAUCAGAUGAAGAUUUCCAAAAAUACAGUAAAUUGAUGUGUGCAUCAGCAUUAAUAUUGAAGAAUUUGUCAAUAAGUUACUGUAGUGAGAUUUCAGAGAUGCCCCUGGAUAGGUUAAAUCACUUGACAUCAAUUUACUUCCACAACGUGGAAAUUAAACAUGAUCACCUUAAAGAGCUGAUAGAAUUUAUCUCUAAAAAGCAUGACCUAUCGCAAAUUGGACUGGAUGCAGUGCAAUGCGAAGACCAUGGCUAUGGCUGUACGCAUGGCAGAUUUGAUAUUCAGCAUCACGAGAAAUUAUACUUGCUGGGAAUCGGUGGCGUUAACUUUGAAGCCGUUUAUGUGAAUAGAUCCGAGUUAUUCAGACUAAAUCUAGACUACAAGAAAACAGUUGAGGCGGCGUGUUGGGCAAAACCGCUUUUGAAAGACUUGAUGUUUGCGCCAGUCUUGAAAAAGUUAGUGGUUAGCAAUAUCAAAGACAACGACGUUGUUGAAGCCUUGGUCAAACUGAUUUCUUCCCUUCAAAAUCUGAAGUACCUGUAUCUGUUGAAUAUAGAUUUUUUUGAAAAUUUACUCUGGUUGGAUCCAGAGGGUAAGGAAAUUGAUAUUGAAAUGUCCCAUGUGACUUUUACCGAUGAGUGCUUCCGCUGCUUUAUCGAUAGUGUCAAAGAAACCAAGAAGAUUGUUUAUGUAAAUUUACUUUUUUACACAAUUACCAAAACACAAAGGGAUGCAUUCAGCUAUAUAAAGUCAUCUCCCAGACUUCAUGUGUUGCGGAACACAGAUUUCAGUUUGAAAUUUAGAACAAUGUCAUUAAAAUAAAACAGCUAUAUAUCAGUACAGUAUAUCUUCUUGGCAGGACCGACUACUACUGAAAAAUCAAUCAUGUUUCAACAAUACCAUUAAAACCUAAUAGAAAUAGCAAAAACAUAUGACAAAAAGACCUCCGAUGGAAUUCCACGUCAUUCGUAUUGUUGCAAAGUAUCUUAUUCACUUGUACUUUCACAUUACUAAGUAUACUUAGUUUUAGGAUAAGAAUAUACGAAGUUUUCAUUAUCGAUACUGUAUUUAGUGUACAGUGAAAGGAAGAUUAAUCUUGAUAAGAAAUAAAAAAUGUUUUAGUUACUGUC